AUGGUCAUCUCAUCUCAUCUGCACACCUUCAACCUCCACCUCUGCUCCGCGGCAACAUCGCCUUUUGCUUUUGUUCAAGGACGGGGGGAAAGGGGCCAUCAUUCCUACACCUAUCGGGUACCGGUCUCCACCACGGAACCACCCUCCCAGCGACCCUUGCAUGAUCCCCAUCUCGACAAAGACCAUGGAAUCUUGCAUUCAACGGUUGAAUCACUUGCAAUCCCUGUGUAUCACCCGCGCGCCAGAGAAACCUACCGUCUGUCCUCCGUCGUCGUCACCUGCUUCUUCUGCCCAGCCAAACGCACCCGGAAUCCGGCCCCAGGACGUGCCGAUUGCUCGCUGCGAGUGUCGUCGAGAGCAGGACUCCCGGACAGCAUUCCUCGGGACCACUUGAUCCAACCCUCCCCAAAAAUGCAAGCUGCUGGCUGGAAGAGAAAGGGUUCGUGUCACCAAAUCUUCACGAGGGGCUAUCCCUGCGACGGCAUCCGAGUGCGGGCUGACCGAGCUUUUAUUUUGCAGUUUUCGGUUGGGCAUUCUUUGAACGGGUUGGUCUCCGAAAAGGAGGUGCUUCUUUUUUAUUUGAAGGAGGUGAUAUCACAACGAAGGCAUCCAAACGGCGCUGUUUCGAUACAAAAGAGUCCGGAAGACGGAAGACCUAGAGUCUGCUUCUCUGUGCCGAGCGACUUACCAUCAUUUCAAGGUUUCCUCGUUGAUAUUGACAAUCCUGAUCUCGAAACUCGGCCAACUCGAUCACGGCCGCAGAGAACACAUCUUACUUGA